AUUCGCAAUUGGAUGCCUGCCAAAGACCCGCCUGCUUUGCGAAGUGUGACACGUUGGUUGGAAGAAAAAGAAAAAGAAAAAGAGGAAGAACAAAAAGUACCAGCAGUGGAAAAUUCCUCAAAUAGCCAGCUCGAUCGCCCGACCGCCAAGAUGUCGUAUGAUUUCAAAUUCAGUAUAAGCAAGCCCAAGGCUAAAGUUACGAAAAUUCGAGACUAUAUUGAUCUUUUCAGCCUAGAAAUUCAUGUGAAUACUAGGGCGAACUUUUUGCCGGAUUUUGACCGCGAUCCUGUGCAGAUGGCGUUUUGGUGCUUGCAAACAGAAGAUGAUUCGAUCGUAUCGAACGGAUUUCAACAAGGUUAUCACAUCGGGAUUAUUGCAGUGUCCGGAAUGGAUCCACACUCUCUAGGGUUUCACAAUGUGGAUGUGGAGCUUGUAGACAGCGAGAAGGAUUUACUGCACGCUCUCAUUGAUCGUGUGCGUUUAUAUGAUCCCGAUCUUUUGGUCGGUUACGAGCUUCACAGUGCUUCAUGGGGUUAUCUCAUCGAGCGAGCAGCCACCUACGAUAUCAACCUUAUUGAUGAGCUGUCGCGAGUUUAUACCACUUCACAGAACAUCCAGCGAGACAGAUGGGGUUACCAAAAAGCUUCGGUUUUUCGCGUGAUUGGCAGACAUAUGAUCAAUGUAUGGCGUUUGAUGAAGAGUGAAGUUAAUUUGAAGAGUUAUACAUACGAAAACGUCGUCUACAACCUGCUUCACUACAGAGUUCCUCAUUUUUCCCAUCAAAUCCUGACAGCAUGGUAUCAACAUGGCGCGGCUGUGGUGAAGCAUCGACUAGUGCGGUAUUAUUUGGAGCGGGUUCAGAUUAACUUGGAUCUUUUGGAUAUCUCUGAGGUUAUCAGUCGUACAGCCGAGUCGGCUCGUGUCUUUGGGAUCGAUUUCUACUCUGUCAUCACUCGCGGUUCCCAAUUCAAAGUCGAAUCCACCAUGUUACGCAUCGCUAAACCUGAAAACUACAUGCUGAUCAGUCCCAGUCGCAAGCAGGUUGCAGAGCAACGCGCUAUUGAAUGUCUGCCUCUGAUCAUGGAGCCUUUAUCAAAAUUCUACGCGAGCCCACUAGUCGUUCUUGAUUUCCAGUCGCUGUAUCCAUCGAUCAUGAUUGCGUACAAUUACUGUUAUUCCACGUGUCUCGGAAGAGUCCGUCGCUCAGGAGACAGUCGGAAGUUUGGUGUCAGCGAUCUGAUGAUUUCACCUAAACUACUUGAAGAGCUCAAGGAGCAAAUAAACGUUGCGCCUAACGGUGUAAUGUAUGUCAAGGAAAGUAUAAGAAAGAGCCUUCUUGCCAAAAUGUUGACGGAGCUCCUGGAUACGCGUGUCAUGGUGAAGCGAUCGAUGAAAGAUUACAAAGAAGACCGGGGAUUGCUACGAUUACUGAAUGCUCGCCAACUGACGUUGAAAUAUCUGGCAAAUGUUACUUACGGUUAUACCUCGGCCACAUUUUCGGGUAGAAUGCCGGCGGUCGAUAUUGCUGACAGCAUUGUUCAAACUGGACGAGAAAUGCUGGAAAAGACAAUUGAACUAGUUAACUCAACCGAACGCUGGGGAGCAAAAGUGGUCUAUGGAGAUACGGAUAGUGUUUUUGUCUAUUUCCCUGGAAAGACCCGUGAUGAUGCCUUUACUAUUGGGAACGAGAUUGCGCAAACCAUCACGAAAAUGUUCCCUGCGCCCAUUAAACUGAAAUUCGAAAAGGUGUACCAUCCUUCGGUCCUCGUGGCGAAAAAGAGAUAUGUCGGUUUCAAAUACGAGAGUCCGGAAGAUAAAGAGCCUGCCUUUGAAGCCAAGGGGAUUGAGACGGUCCGCAGAGAUGGCGUGGUGGCGACGCAAAAAAUUCAAGAAAGUUCCUUAAAAAUCCUUUUCCGCACGCAGGAUAUGUGUGAACUCAAGCAAUACUUGUACCGGGAGUGGACCAAGAUAUUAUCAAAUCGAGUGUCUUUGCAGGACUUUAUCAUAGCCAAAGAGGUUCGACUUGGAACAUAUCGAUCAAUACCUCACGGUGCAAAGGUAGCGCAGGAUAACAUGGCUAUGGAUCCGCGCGCGGAACCUCAAUAUGGAGAACGAGUUCCCUAUGUCGUUGUCUAUCGCGGUGCCAACGCCACGCUCAAAGAAAAGGUAGUACGACCUGAAGCGGUACUGCUUGACAACUCUUUACGGUUGGAUGCUGAAUACUAUAUCCGCAAACAAAUCAUCCCGCCCUUGGAAAGAAUAUUUAAUCUCGUAGGCGUUGAUAUCAUGGCGUGGUAUGACAGCAUGCCUAGAUCUCAGAAAGCGGCCGCGUUGGCAUUAUCGUACUACGACGAGGUUCAGGACAAAGGGGUCAACCGGAUUGACCGCUAUUACGCAAGCAGUCACUGUAUCAUCUGCCGGCAACUUUCUGACCAGCCCAUCUGCGACAAAUGCAAACAUCAGAAAAGCUUAUCGCUGCUGACGCUUAUUUCUCGGCAACGGGAGACUCAAGAAAAACUGGGUGCUGUGCUAGAGGUGUGUGAUAAUUGCUCUCAAAUAUCCCCCUUGCUCACGGCUUCUACAAACCCACAUGCCGCCAUUGGGCGUAGUGGAUAUGCUGAUCACCCAUGUGAUUCUCUUGAUUGCCCUGUAUUCUACGAACGCAUCAAAGCGAAAAAUGACGUCCGCGCUACAUCCACUUACGAUACAUUACUUGAACAACUGUCAGACUAAAUUCCCCACUUCAUAUUUAUAUCGUUUCUGGUAUACCUCAUCAGACUCAAAACAUGAU